AUGGAGAUCUCGGGGAUUGGUGAACCAUCCGCUGAGGAGGUUGAUCUCUUGAAGCGUAGUACUGACAAAGCUAAAGAAGUGUUAGGGAAGAAACCGAUAUCUUAUAAGGAUACACUCUUACAGUUGAAUGGGCUGAAAGUUACGGAUGACGUCGAGGAAAGGGAUUGGUUUGAGGAGUUGGAUGUUCAUGGUAUGGAGGAGGAUGUUCAAUCAAAUGACCAAGAUGAUCCUUUCUGUCCUACAUACAGAUUUUCAAAAGAGCUAUAUAAGGAGAGUUGCAGGCCUUGGAAGCAAGCUGUGAUUAUCAAGCUCUUGGGAAAAAAGGUUGGUGUAAAGUUUCUGCUGAACAGACUCUUGAAGAUGUGGAAUCUGUCGGGGACACAUGAGUUCAUUGAUAUGUUGUUUCGUUUUGCGGAUUUGAAUGUCUACAACUUUGUUUUGGAGGAAGGGCCUUGGAUUGUGGCAGACCAUUAUGUUUCUGUUCAACGGUGGCGGCCAUUAUUUGAUCCUUACGAGGACAACCUUAAAAAAUUAGCUGUUUGGAUCCGUAUUCCGGGGUUACCUAUGGAGUUCUAUACCUCCCAACAUUUGCGGAACAUAGGUGAUCUAUUUGGGAAAACACUGAAGAUUGAUAGGAACUCUAUACGUAAAAGUGAUGCUGGUGAUGGGGUUGUUACGGAAAGGGCCAAGUUUGCGCGUAUUUGCGUAGAAGUAGAUCUCAGUAAAGGCUUCUUGUCUAAAUUCAAUCUCAUUAAUAAGGUUUAUACGGUAGGGUAUGAAGGCCUUCACAUGAUCUGCUUUGCAUGUGGUAAGUAUGGGCAUAGGCGUGACACUUGUUCUUCGGUUUCGGUGUCAACCGAUAGUCAUUCUCACCAAAAGGAUGUUCGUGCAGAGGUUGUUAACAAUGGUGUCAGGCGUGAGAUGGCAGAAGGUGAAGCUUUUGGUUCUUGGAUGAUUGUCCAAAGGAGUCAACGGGGAAGGAAGGCAAAAGCUACCAUGGAGACUGCCGCAAUCAAUGCUGCCGCAAUCAAUGCUACCGCAAUCAAUGCAGCCGGGAAUCAGGGGUCAUCCGUUACAACUGGCCAAAGGAGAAUUAAUGCUCAAGGAAUAAAUCAUUCUGUUUCACGUCCAGCUAAAAUCAAGCAGCAGAAACCCGAUAAUCAUGUGGGAAUUAAAUCGGCUACAAUGAUUAAUGCAAAAAAUAACGGUUCUGGAGCUUCAAAGGUGGAGUCUUUAACGGCUGGAUCAAGAUUUUCAGUUAUUUCUGACGAAGUUAAUGAUAAUCAUGAUGUUAAUUAUGAGAAUAUUCAAAUCAUUAAUGAUAAGCAUGGCCCCUCUAAGGUAACCGCUAGUGCUGAUUUGAAAAAGGGUUUAAAUAAUAAGAUUUCGAAUUUUCCUCGUGAUAAACGUCAUCUUUCAGCAGCUAUUCUCCCUAGCUCAAAUACAGUUACAAAUUUGGUGGGACCCUCUAUGCCAAAUCAAAAUCUAAGUGGCCCUGAGCUUAUGCCAGUUGUUCAAAAAGGUACUGUUAUUCCUCAGGUAGAAGAAAGGAUUUUGUCUCGACCACAAGAGGCUACCGUUUCCAAGUCUUCUACUUUGUCGCAAAAUGGAAAAAAAAAGAAAGAGUUACGUGAUGAAAUUAACAGGAAUAAAAAGGCAGUUGCCUUAUCUAUUGUCCCAAAGAGUUUUAAGCAAAGGGCUAAGCCGGGGGCUGGAAAAAAGGGUUUUUCUCCCCUUAUUAGGGACUUGUCUCGUCGUUUUAAUAUUCAAGUUAUGGCUUUGCUUGAAACUCGUAUCGGAGCUGACCGUGCUCAGAAGGUGGUGAAAGGCUUUGGCUUUCAAAAGCAUGUUAUGGCUCAUCCUCAAGGUUUUUCUGGUGGCCUGUGGGUGUUAUGGAAUGAUAAUGAAGCUCAGAUUCGGAUUUUAGAGUCUCAUCGUCAGUUUAUCCAUUUAAAAAUUUUUUGGCGUAAUAGGAGGAAGGAGGAAGCUGUUACUUUUGUUUAUGCCAGUCUGCGGCGUCUUUAG